GGAGACAAGGGAGGGGGGAGUACGUGCUGACGCCUCCCGUUGUAUAUGAGCGCAGGCGGCGGGAUCUCUGCUCCUCUUAUUAUUUUGCCGCCAUCCUAGAGGGGCGCUCCUUCCUCCUGUCUCUGACACUGCGCGGCGGCAGCGGACUUUUCGCUCUGUCACCCCGGUGUUAAACUCUUGGAAGAAUGGCCAACAUAGACAACAAAGACCAGACAGAAUUUGAUCAGCAAGAGAUGGAAGAUGUGGAAGAAGUUGAAGACGAAGAAACUGGAGAGGAUGCGAAUAGUAAAGCCAGGCAAUUGACCGCGCAAAUGAUGCAGAAUCCUCAGAUUCUAGCUGCUCUUCAAGAAAGGUUAGAUGACCUUGUAGGUACCCCUACAGGAUAUAUUGAAAGUUUGCCUAAAAUAGUUAAAAGAAGAGUGAAUGCGCUUAAAAACCUUCAAGUUAAAUGUGCUCAAAUUGAAGCUAAAUUCUAUGAAGAGGUCCAUGCGCUGGAAAGGAAAUACGCAGAUUUAUAUCAACCACUCUUUGACAAGAGAAGUGAAAUCAUAAAUGCCAUAUAUGAGCCUACAGAAGAGGAGUGUGAAUGGAAAGUAGAUGAAGAGGAAGAAAUUUCAGAGGAUCUGAAAGAGAAGGCGAAGGUAGAAGAUGAAAAAAAAGAUGAAGAGAAGGAGGACCCUAAAGGAAUUCCAGAAUUUUGGUUAACCGUAUUUAAAAACGUCGAUCUCCUUAGUGACCUGGUUCAGGAGCAUGAUGAACCAAUCCUGAAGCACUUAAAAGAUAUUAAAGUAAAAUUUUCAGAUGUUGGUCAACCAAUGAGUUUCACUUUAGAAUUCCACUUUGAGCCAAAUGAGUUCUUCACAAAUGAAGUUUUGACAAAAUCGUACAAAAUGAGAUCAGAGCCUGAUGAGGCUGAUCCAUUUUCCUUUGAUGGACCAGAAAUAAUGGGCUGUACAGGGUGCCAGAUUGACUGGAAAAAGGGUAAAAAUGUUACUUUAAAAACAAUUAAGAAGAAACAAAAACAUAAGGGCCGUGGUACAGUAAGGACUGUCACAAAAACUGUUCCAAAUGACUCAUUCUUCAAUUUCUUCUGUCCUCCUGAAGUACCGGAAAAUGGAGAAUUGGAUGAUGAUGCAGAAGCAAUACUUACUGCCGACUUUGAAAUAGGACACUUUCUGCGUGAGCGUAUAAUUCCCCGAUCUGUUCUUUACUUCACUGGUGAAGCUAUUGAAGAUGAUGACGACGAUUAUGAUGAAGAAGGUGAAGAAGCAGAUGAUGAGGAGGGAGAAGAGGAAGCAGAUGAAGAAAAUGAUCCAGAUUAUGAACCGAAGGUUUAAAUGGUGCCAGUAGAAUUCAUACCCUGGAAAGAUCAAAACCCAGCUGAGUGCAAGCAGCAAUGAAGCGGUGUGUACGUGGCCUUGAGGAUUACCUGCACUGUAAUAAGUUAAACUCUUAGUUACUUACAGCCUUAUGUUUUGUAUCUUGGUAGAAUAAAGUAAACAAUUUUUGUUAAAAAAAUAUAUAAAAUUUAAACCUCUAAAAAUCUGUUUAAAUGGUAAGAUCUUUGGACUUAGUAUUAAGUGUACUUUCCUGCCAGGUAUGUAAUAGGAUGCAGAAAUCCCUUUUAAAGCAUGUUCUUCACUGCUUCAUAGUCUUGGUUCUUGUGAAGUCUUUGCCAUGUACAUCGCAGCAGUUCUGAUUCAUCACAGCUGCCGUCAAUCUCUUUAGCUCAAACUCCUAAGGAACCAAAGUCUCUUCUCAGCCCAGUAGUUCAAACAGGUGUAAGUAGCUUGCAAUAGCUGUGCCUUCAUGACUUUGUUCUAGAAUUACAGUUAUUACCUUGGAAAUGGUACAUUCAAUAACUUAUCCUUGCAAUUGACAUGUCCAUUGAUCAUAUCUGCUUGUUAUGCUAUGGAUUUUUGUAUUUUAUGUGACUGUGAUCUACAAAGCAAUCUGAUGGUCAACAUAACAAGGUUACUGUUUACCACUGGGGUGUGAAUAAAACCUAGUAUUUUCAGAAA